AUGUCACCAAAUGUUAACAGCCAUUCCUCUUUCGAAGUGGUAGUGCCAUACCGUCGCAUGAAAGGCUGGGCCAUAGUUCCAUGGACAGAGGGCCCGGAACCAGGCACGCCGGAGCAGAACAUUCUUCCGCAUGGACAAAAGCGUAUUCGAUCACAAACCAAGAGAUUUGGCAGUGAAACGGAAGUUGGGCCGACUGCAAAGAGAAAGGCAACGCCGCCACUUGAAGACAAGCGAGAGCAGAUUAGACCUGCGAAGAUACGCGUUGGGGUGCGGAUCCGUUCUAAGGAAUACAACCAGCUCGAGCGAGAGGUGCAACGCCUGAAAAUGCAAAAUGCCCUUCUUGCUGUUGCCGAAUCUCAAGAAAUCCAAAGUCUCAAAGCCGAGGUGAAGCGACUGGAGAGUCAUAAAGUUGAACAGAACAAGAAAAUCGAUUGGCUGAUUUCUAAAUCUCUCGAUCCGGCAUCAUCAUCCUCGGACACCAAUCUAGACGAACCCGAGAUGAUUAAAAUGAAAGACAAGGAAAUUGAGCAGCAGAAUAUUACAAUUAGGGAUCUUCAUUCCAGUCUAAGAAGUGCUCUGAACUUAGAUAUGCUUCUCUCCACUUCUCAAGAUCAAGAAUUGCUCACUGCUAAUGUCAACUUCGCCUCUGAGAUGGAGGAUAUCGAGCUCCGUGUCCUCCGUGCCGCGGAAUACAUCUCCAACUGCUUAUACCCUCUCGAUAAAUUAACUCUCUCAAUUCAGAUACACCCUGACCUCGGGGAUAUGAUUCUCAAAGUCACCGGAAGCAUGAAGACCUUAACCUCUAUGCCAGCUACUAGCGAAUUCGCUGAGAAAUUUCACAGAGCCACACUUCUGCACAUGUUAAAACACGACUUGGAAUUCAAGACGUGUUUUCUCGAUUCACAUGUCGAAGAAUUGCAAGCACACAUCACGGCCCUGCUAGAUCCUUUGCUGAACCCUAGUGAGCUGGAGAAACAAGAAGUGAAUUUCCAUCGAGAACUGAGAGAUCUCCUAUCCAGUGCAUUUUCUUUCCGAUCCCGGUGCUUUCCAGUCGGCGGUACACGAUACGAGGUCAUUCAAUUCCAGCCAGGCGAGCGCUUCGAUCCUACCAUGAUGGAAGCCCAGGAUGCCACGGGAAAUCUAGUGCCAAUACCUAAAGACAAAAAGAAUUGCACCAUCAAAUUAUGUGUGCAUGGCUUGAUAGUAGCUCACACAGAUCCAAUCCAAGAGAGCUCAUCUGGCUUACAGAAGGUCAAGCAGUUAAGUCAACCUUUUCAGGCUUCGAAAAGGCAGGGUGUGAGAGGAGCUACAGCCGGUGAAGUUAUCUCUGGAAAAGCAAUAGUAAUUCUUUGA